CUCAUCCUUCUCCAUCUCAAUUAAUUCCCGGAGAUUGAAACCUCCAUCAGCAGCAGCCUCAUAACUAGUUCUAGAUACACUCCUUUUUAUCCAUUUUGAUGACAAGUAUUUCCGGACGGAGGGAGUAUGUACUUAGGAAGUGUAUAACUAGUAUUUUUGACAUUCCUUCUUGCUUAUUUUAUUCCUGGCGAUUUGGCGCUCUUCUGCUCUUGGAUGGGUGACAGUAAAAGAUUGAUUGCAGCGAAUUCAUCUUCUUUAUGCGUUUCGUUUCCCGCGUGCCCCUCAAGGAAGGCAUCAAAUCCCCCCUCCUCCUCACCCUCCUUGGCCGGUUACAGUUACAAAACAUUCCCCUCAGAACCCUCGCCGUCGCCGCCUCUUCCCUUCCUUCCUUUCUUCCUCCGCCCACGAGAAAUAUCGGAAACCGCUGAGAUUUGAUUUGAUUUGAUUCAUCGGAAGUAGUAACCUAAAAUAUCUCUGCGUUUUUGGUUUGGUUUCUCUAUCAGGGGGGCAUGCCGGGAGGAGGAGGAGGAGUGGCGGCGGUCGCGGUGGUGGACGGCAAGGACGGGUACGUGGCGCCGGCGAGGGCCGCGCCGAGGAGCUUCCCGCCGAAGCUCCUCAGGCCGGUGCUCCUCUCCGCGGUGCUCGCCACGGGCUUCCUGGCCGCGGCCCUGCUCAUGUUCUUCGGCGGGGCCUCCUCCUACUACCGCCUCCCGCGGCUCGCCGUGCCGGACGCCCUGCUCCCGACGCCGGCCUGCGACCAGAAAGACGGGGACCAGCAGGGCGGGGCGGCGGAGCGGUGGUGGGCGCGGCCGCCGGCGAGCAGCGCGUGGCACAACAUGAGCGAGGAGGAGCUGCUCUGGGCGGCGUCGUUCGAGCCCCGCGCGCAGCGCCGGCGGCCGCCCGGACGGCGGGGGACGACGCCCAAGGUGGCCUUCUUGUUCCUCACCCGCGGCCCGCUGCCGCUGGCGCCGCUGUGGGAGCGGUUCUUCAACGGCACCACCGGCACCGGCGCCGCGAAAGGAGGGAGGGAGCUCUUCUCCGUGUACGUGCACACCACGCCGGGCUACCGCCUCGACUUCCCGCCGUCGUCGCCGUUCCACCGCCGGCAGGUGCCCAGCAAGCCGACACGGUGGGGCAACGUGAAUGUCGUGGACGCGGAGCGGCGGCUGCUGGCGAACGCGCUCCUCGACUUCAACAACGAGCGCUUCGUGCUCGUCUCCGAGUCCUGCAUCCCGCUCUACCCGCUCCCGGUGGUGCAUGCCUACUUGACCAGCUCUCGGCACAGCUUCGUCGGCGCCUUUGACGACCCGAGCCCGCACGGCCGGGGCCGGUACCACGCCGGGCUGGCCCCGGACGUGACUGUCUCCCAGUGGCGCAAGGGCGCGCAAUGGUUCGAGAUGGACCGGCGCCUCGCCGUGUUUGUGAUCGCCGACGAGCGUUACUACCCGCGGUUUCGGACUGAGUGCCGAGCGCCAUGCUAUGUGGACGAGCACUACCUUCCGACCGUUCUCUCCAUCGAGGCUCCGGAGUGCAUCGCCAACCGGAGCAUCACCUUGGUCGAUUGGUCCCGCGGCGGCGCGCACCCGGCCACCUUCGGCGCUGCCGACGUGACUGAGGACUUCCUGGGGAUGCUGGUGGGGAAGAAGGGGAAUGCUGAGAGGUGCAUGUACAACGGGCAGCCGGUCGAGGUGUGCUUCCUCUUUGCGAGGAAGUUCGCCCCCGCCGCUUUGCCGCAGCUGCUCAGCCUUUCCUCCAAGAUCUUCGGGUACUAGCUAGGCCUUUUACGAAAUUGAUUUUGGUCUGCUUAUGUAUAGCUCAUACUCACUGGAGCGGAAUAGAGGAAUACAAUUUUUUUAUGUGUCACGAGAACAAAAGGAUGAAUGAUCGAGUGGGUAGUUGUUUCUUAUAACCAUUCUUAUUUCUGAUACCUUAAGGCUCCUUUAAUUCAAAGGAAUUUUAUAGGAUUUUUAGAGGAUUGAGGUUCUUAGGAUUUUUUCC